AUGAGAAAUUCUGAAGAACAGCCGAGUGGAGGAACCACAGUGUUGCAGCGUCUGCUACAAGAGCAGCUCCGCUAUGGCAACCCUAAUGAGAAUCGCAACCUGCUUGCCAUACACCAGCAAGCCACAGGGAAUGGCCCUCCUUUCCCCAGUAGCAGUGGGAACCCGGGCCCUCAGAAUGAUGUGUUGAGUCCCCAAGACCACCACCAACAGCUUGUGGCUCAUGCUGCUCGACAGGAACCCCAGGGUCAGGAAAUCCAGUCAGAAAACAUCAUCAUGGAGAAGCAGCUUUCCCCCCGAAUGCAGAAUAAUGAAGAACUCCCAACCUAUGAAGAAGCCAAGGUGCAGUCCCAGUACUUUCGGGGCCAACAGCAUGCCAGUGUUGGAGCUGCCUUCUAUGUCACUGGAGUCACCAACCAGAAGAUGAGGACCGAGGGACGCCCGUCAGUUCAGCGGCUCAAUCCUGGCAAGAUGCACCAGGAUGAAGGACUCAGAGACCUUAAGCAAGGACAUGUCCGCUCCUUGAGCGAACGACUAAUGCAGAUGUCACUGGCCACCAGUGGAGUUAAGGCCCAUCCACCUGUUACCAGCGCUCCCCUCUCCCCACCGCAACCCAAUGACCUCUACAAGAAUCCCACAAGUUCCAGUGAGUUCUACAAGGCCCAAGGGCCACCUCCCAGCCAGCAUAGCCUGAAGGGCCUGGAACACCGAGGCCCCCCACCAGAAUAUCCCUUCAAGGGCAUGCCACCCCAGUCUGUAGUGUGCAAGCCCCAAGAGCCAGGGCACUUCUAUAGUGAGCAUCGUCUGAACCAGCCAGGGAGAACAGAGGGGCAACUGAUGAGGUAUCAGCACCCCCCUGAGUAUGGAGCAGCCAGGCCGGCGCAGGACAUCUCAUUGUCAUUGUCAGCCAGGAGCUCAAGGCCCCACAGUCCUACUUCCUCCCUCACAUCUGGGGGUUCCCUGCCCUUGCUGCAGUCUCCACCAGCCACAAGAUUGUCUCCUGCCCAACACCCCUUGGUCCCAAACCAAGGAGACCACUCAGCUCACCUGCCUAGGCCACAACAGCAUUUCCUUCCGAACCCGGCUCACCAGAGUGAUCAUUACCGGCUCUCUCAGCCUGGCCUGAGUCAGCAGCAGCAGCAGCAGCACCACCACCACCAUCACCAGGAGCAGCCGGGAGAAGCCUAUUCAGCUAUGCCUCGGGCUCAGCCGUCAUCCGCUUCCUAUCAGCCAAUGCCAGCGGACCCCUUUGCCAUUGUUUCCAGAGCCCAGCAGAUGGUUGAGAUCCUGUCAGAUGAGAACCGGAACUUGAGGCAAGAAUUGGAAGGAUGCUAUGAAAAGGUGGCAAGACUGCAGAAGGUGGAGACAGAAAUCCAGCGUGUCUCGGAGGCAUAUGAGAACCUUGUGAAGUCAUCCUCCAAAAGAGAGGCCCUGGAGAAAGCCAUGAGAAAUAAGCUGGAGGGUGAAAUUCGAAGAAUGCACGACUUCAACAGGGAUCUGAGAGAGCGUCUGGAGACUGCCAACAAGCAGCUUGCGGAGAAGGAAUAUGAGGGGUCAGAAGAUACUAGAAAAACCAUCUCUCAGCUCUUUGCAAAAAAUAAGGAAAGCCAGAGGGAGAAGGAGAAGCUGGAGGCCGAGCUGGCCACUGCCCGUUCUACCAAUGAGGACCAACGACGACACAUUGAAAUCCGAGACCAGGCCCUGAGCAACGCCCAGGCCAAGGUGGUUAAGCUGGAGGAAGAGCUGAAAAAGAAGCAAGUGUAUGUAGAUAAGGUCGAGAAGAUGCAGCAAGCCCUGGUACAGCUCCAGGCGGCAUGUGAAAAACGUGAGCAGUUGGAGCAUCGUCUCCGGACACGGCUAGAGAGGGAACUGGAAUCACUCCGAAUUCAGCAGCGCCAGGGUAACCCUCAGCCUGCCAGCGUUUCAGAACACAGCGCUACUGCACUGAUGGAGUUGCUUCGCGAGAAGGAGGAGAGGAUCCUGGCCCUGGAAGCUGAUAUGACCAAGUGGGAGCAGAAGUAUUUGGAGGAGAAUGUGAUGAGACAUUUCGCUCUAGAUGCCGCUGCAACCGUAGCUGCACAGAGGGAUACAACAGUCAUCAGCCACUCUCCUAACACCAGCUAUGACACGGCUCUGGAAGCUCGCAUUCAGAAAGAGGAGGAAGAGAUCUUAAUGGCCAACAAGCGUUGCCUUGACAUGGAGGGCAGGAUUAAGACGCUCCAUGCCCAAAUUAUUGAGAAGGACGCCAUGAUCAAAGUGCUCCAGCAGCGUUCCCGGAAAGAGCCAAGUAAGACAGAGCAGCUGUCAUCCAUGCGACCAGCGAAGUCUCUGAUGUCCAUUUCCAAUGCUGGAUCAGGCCUGCUCUCACAUUCUUCCACCCUGACUGGCACCCCCAUCAUGGAAGAGAAGCGAGAUGACAAGAGCUGGAAAGGGAGCCUAGGUAUCCUCCUGGGUGGGGACUACCGCGCAGAGUCUGUGCCCUCCACACCCUCCCCCGUGCCACCCUCCACUCCCCUGCUCUCUGCUCACUCUAAGACGGGCAGCCGGGAUUGCAGCACCCAGACGGAACGGGGCACGGAACCGAACAAAACCGCAGCUGUUGCUCCAAUCUCUGUGCCCGCACCAGUCGCUGCUGCCGCCACUGCUACCGCCAUCACUGCCAACGCUGCCACCAACACCACCACCAUGGUAGCCGCUGCUCCACUUGCUGUUGCUGCUGCUGCUCCUCCGGCUGCUGCUGCCGCCGCUGCCACCCCGUCUCCAGCAACUGCUGUUGUUGCUGCUGCUCUUGCGGCUGCCGUUUCUCCAGCUGCUGCUGCUCAGGUUCCAGCCGCUGCCUCUGCUGCCACCGCCGCCGCCGCCACCGCUGCCGCUGCCGCGCCUCCUGCUGCUGUUCAGGUUGCUCCAGCUGCUCCGGCUCCGGUUCCAGCUCCGGCUCCAACUGCGGUUCCGGCUCCAACAGCGUCUACAGCUUCUGCUCCGGCUCAGACUCAGGCACCAACUCCAGCUCCGACUGCGGCUGCUACACCAGUUCCAGCUCCAACUCCAGCUCUGGGUCAGGCUGAGGCUUCUGCAAGUCCAGCUGUCGGCUCUGGACCACGCCGUUUGUCUAUACCAAGUCUGACCUGCAAUCCAGAUAAGACAGAUGGCCCUGUUUUCCACUCCAAUACUCUGGAAAGAAAAGCUCCCAUUCAGAUCCUGGGACAAGAGCCUGACGCAGAGAUGGUGGAGUAUCUCAUCUAAAUGGCCUAUUCAAGAGCUGCAGUUUAUCAGCAAGAGUGCUUUUAACCAUGUUUCCCUUUUGUUUGUUCUUAUUUUGAGGGUAAGGACAAGGGGUGGGAGGGAUGUUUUUUAAAGGGACUUUUUAUUGAAGCAAUAUAGUGCUUAAGUAAUACCAUACAAACUCCAGUCUAUUCUGGUACACACUCAGAGAGUACUUCUAAAGACAGAUUAAUCAGAAUGUGCUCUAAAGUUUAUAGUUUGCAUUUAUACAAAUACAUGAACUGUUAAUAGCUGGAUAUACAUGAAUGUUUUCAACGUGCGUGAUUUUGUUUAGCAUUUCCAUAUUCCAGAUCAUUUUCAUUUAAGAGCACAGUAUGUUUGGGAGACAGUGCGUAACAUGUAGAUUUCAGAAGUGGGAAGCUGGAGAGAAUUUGCAUGUGUGCUGUUUUGUAUAUUUACCAUCUAGGCAGCAUCCAGAGAGAGAGCUCUCAUCUUGGGCUCAUGUAAAGAAAUAGUUUUAGGAGCUGUGUAAGCAGAAGAAAAGGCAGGGAUAUUGGGGUGUGGAAGGGUGCUGGAGCUAAUUUUCCCUCCCAAUUUCCCAGCUACCCUGUGCCAGGAGAUUGUGUUUAUCUUCAUUUCAGUGGUGCUUUGGAAGUGGAUUCUUUUGGUUCCCUCGCGGAGGUUCAUACAUUCAUACGUAUACUCUGGAGUAAUUUAUGCAUUUGGAUAAUUAAUAUAUUGCUUUCAGAUGCUAAGAGAGUAAAUUAGCUGUGUGCUGUACAACUUCCUCCCACUUAGGGAGUUAGACCAUCGGAGGCCUUGAUGGAGAGUCGCACGAGGUGCUGUGUGUGGCCAUGAACACAGCUCGCUUGCAUUUCCUGAGACCAAUCUGCUAGUGUUCAUUUUUUUCUCCAGCACAAGUUCACUGGCUGUGUCACCAGUUUCAGAUUUCCAAUCAUUUGCAAAAUGAAGAAGCAUUUCUUGUAGAUGGGCUGAAUGCUUUGAGUUUCUGGUGACUACUUUGAAAGAACUCAUUUUGUUUUCCCCAAUUCUUAGCAUACGUCUUAAAAGGCAUCGUUGACUAUAACCUCCAAGGGAAUAGCAUCAGAAGCCCAAAGUACUAUGCUGCAGUCGGGGGAGAGGUGGGCUGCAGAUGUAUUCUUAGCUGUCCCUUCUCACUGCCAGUGACUCCAUCUUGGAAUACCUUUGGAGAGCAGCAGGAAAUGCGCAUGUGGACAGGGACCAAGGAGGCCAUGUCUCUGGAGCUUUGCCAGAGGGCUGCCUCCAGGAACACAAAGGGGCUGCUUCUUGCCACGGGUCCCUGCUCUGUGUCACCUCUCUGCCCUUAGUUAAGGUGACAGAUCCACAGACAAUGUCAUUAA